AUGUCCAACCCCAAGGUUUUCUUCGACACCACCAUUGGCGGCCAGCCCGCUGGCAGGAUCGUCAUGGAGCUCUUCGCCGACCAGGUCCCCAAGACAGCUGAGAACUUCCGCGCUCUCUGCACCGGCGAGAAGGGCACUGGAAAGAGCGGCAAGCCCCUCCACUACAAGGGCUCCAGCUUCCACCGCGUCAUCCCCCAGUUCAUGCUCCAGGGUGGUGACUUCACCCGCGGCAACGGCACCGGAGGUGAGAGCAUCUACGGCGAGAAGUUCGAGGACGAGAACUUCAACCUGAGGCACACUGGCCCCGGUAUCCUCUCCAUGGCUAACGCCGGACCUGGAACCAACGGCUCCCAGUUCUUCAUCUGCACCGUCAAGACCUCCUGGUUGGACGGCAAGCACGUCGUCUUCGGCCAGGUUGUUGAGGGUCUUGAGGUCGUCCAGGCCAUCGAGAAGGUCGGCUCCCAAAACGGCUCCACUAAGCAGACCGUCACCAUUGCGGACUGCGGCCAGUUGUAG